AUGUGUUACUAUAGUGGAUACUAUGGAAGCCUGGGUUAUGGCUAUGGUGGCCUAGGCUAUGGCUGUGGCUAUGGCUGUGGCUAUGGCUGUGGCUAUAGCUGUGGCUAUGGCUGUGGCUAUGGCUGUGGCUAUGGUUAUGGCUGUUGCCGCCCACUGUGCUGUAGAAGGUACUGGUCCUAUGGCUUCUACUGA